UAACUCCACUAGCUAUUGCCCCCCUCGCCAUUCGGGCGAAUUAUAUGUGAUGAUCUUCAGUGUCAUAAGAGCUGACAUGGAGCUACGUUGGACAUGUUGCCACGUCUUAUCAAGGGAUUAGCUCGUUGGCUAAUUUUCGGUCCUGAUCAGAACACAGAAGCGAACGAGCGCACAAAGCGCUAGCUCCUCGUUAGCUUGAUUAAGUAGCGUCGCUGGCCGACUCGGAGGAAGGAAGGAAGGAAGGAAUGAACCACAAGAGCAAGAAGAGGAUUAAAGAGGCCAAACGGAGCGCCAGGCCUGAGUUGAAGGAUUCUUUAGACUGGAUCAAGCACGCUUAUCAUGACAAUUUCAACGUGUCGCACAGCUCCGUCAAGGACAAUGUGGAACGAGUAGACGCGCUGCGUCUGAGCCCCGAGAAGUUCAUCGAGCGCUUCGAGAGGCCCUACAAGCCCGUGGUUCUGCUCCGCUGUCAGGAGUCUUGGGCAGCGGAGCAAAAAUGGACCGUGGAGCGGCUCAAGCGCAAGUAUCGCAACCAAAAGUUCAAAUGCGGCGAGGACAACGACGGCUACUCGGUCAAGAUGAAGAUGAAGUACUAUGUGGACUACCUGGAGAGCACACGUGACGACAGCCCGCUUUACAUCUUCGACAGUAGCUACGGCGAGCACGCCAAACGACGAAAACUGCUCCAAGACUACCAGGUGCCCGUCUUCUUCACCGAUGACCUCUUCCAAUUCGCCGGAGAGAAGCGACGUCCGCCCUACAGGUGGUUUGUGAUGGGCCCUGCUCGUUCUGGCACUGGCAUCCACAUCGACCCGUUGGGCACCAGUGCCUGGAACGCCCUGGUCCAUGGACAUAAGAGGUGGUGCCUGUUCCCCACCAACACACCUCGAGAUCUCAUCAAGGUGAACCGCGAAGAUGGAGGCAACCAGCAGGACGAGGCCAUCACCUGGUUCAACGUGGUCUACCCCCGCACGCAGCAGCCCGGCUGGCCUCCCGAGUUCCGACCGCUCGAGAUCCUGCAGAGACCUGGAGAAACCGUCUUUGUGCCAGGCGGCUGGUGGCACGUGGUGCUCAAUCUGGACACGACCAUCGCUGUUACGCAGAACUUUGCGAGCAUCACAAAUUUCCCCAUCGUGUGGCACAAAACCGUACGAGGGCGGCCCAAACUAUCCAGGAAGUGGUACCGGAUCCUGAAGCAGGAGCGACCCGAUCUGGCGGCGCUGGCUGACCAAGUUGACCUGCAGGAGUCGACGGGCAUCGCGUCUGACAGCUCCAGCGACUCGUCCUCAUCCUCAUCCAGCUCAUCUGACUCAGACUCAGAGGCAGAGUCAUGUUUGGAAGGGGAGGCCGCAUCCCACCACAGGAAGAAGAGACGCACGUGCGGCAUGGCGGCCAACGGAGAUGUCCGCGCUCACGAUGACUGCUUGAGUAAAGCGAGGAGCUCGUCCCGCUAAUGACACUGCACGCAAUGCCACUUUUUUUUUUUUUUUUUUAAUUCUGUCAUGGUAAAGACGUUCCUGCGGUGGAGAUGUUUUAACUUGGUUCAGGAAGCACAUGUGCCUUGUCAGACAUCAUUUGUGUUAAUCAAUAAAAUGUUUAGUAAGAUUUAAA